CACCGACGCAUAACUGACGUCAUCACCAAUACGGAAGUAGUCGGACGGUGUCGUCCUAGCAGCUUCCAGAGGCAGGCUAAAUAACUGCUUUUCUUCUCCUUCCGAGGCUCACACAGAGCCCCGCUUUUGCUUUCAGCGGUUGUUGUUGAGCCAGGGUGUCCGCCAUGAACGUGACUCUGGCGGUGAAGCAGUACGUCUCCAAGAUGAUCGAGAGCAGCGGAGCAGGGAUGAAGGUGCUGCUCAUGGACAAGGAGACGACCAGCAUAGUGAGCAUGGUGUACACACAAUCUGAGAUCCUGCAGAAGGAGGUCUACCUCUUUGAGCGCAUCGACUCUCAAAAUAGAGAAAGCAUGAAACACUUGAAGGCCAUCUGCUUCCUCAGACCGACAAAGGAGAAUGUGGAACAUCUCAUCCAGGAACUGAGGAGACCAAAGUACAGCGUAUACUUCAUCUACUUCAGUAAUGUGAUCAGUAAAAGUGAAAUCAAAGCUCUUGCUGAGGCUGAUGAACAGGAAGUGGUCGCUGAAGUGCAGGAGUUUUAUGGAGACUUCAUCGCUGUCAAUCCACACCUAUUCUCCCUCAACCUGCAAGGCGUGGCCAGGGGGCGGAUCUGGGAGCCGUCCAUGUUGCAUCGCUGCACACAGGGCCUGACUUCCGUCCUGCUGGCCCUCAAGAAAUGUCCCAUGAUCCGCUACCAGCUGUCCUCCGACAUGUCCAAACGUCUGGCCGAGAGCGUCAAGCAAAUCAUCACCAAGGAGUAUGAGCUGUUCGACUUCAGGAAGACAGAAGUCCCGCCCCUGCUGCUCAUCCUGGACAGAAGUGACGACGCCAUCACACCGCUGCUCAACCAGUGGACCUAUCAGGCCAUGGUGCACGAGCUGCUGGGGCUCAACAACAACCGCAUUGACCUGUCCAGAGUUCCUGGGAUCAGCAAAGACCUCCGAGAGGUGGUCCUGUCUGCCGAGAACGACGAGUUCUAUGCUAACAACUUGUACUUGAACUUUGGCGAGAUUGGCAGCAACAUCAAGAACCUGAUGGAGGACUUCCAGAAGAAGAAACCUAAGGGCCAGCAGAAGCUGGAGUCCAUCUCUGACAUGAAGGCUUUUGUGGACAACUACCCGCAGUUUAAGAAGAUGUCUGGCACUGUGUCCAAACAUGUGACGGUGGUGGGCGAGCUGUCCCGCCUGGUGUCGGAGCGUCACCUGAUGGAGGUGUCGGAAGUAGAGCAGGAGCUGGCCUGUCAGAACGACCACUCCAGCGCUCAGCAGAGUGUGCGUCGCCUGCUUCAGAACCCUCGUGUGUCCGAGCUGGACGCCGUGCGUCUGGUCAUGCUCUAUGCUCUAAGGUACGAGCGCCACAGCAACAGCAUUCUUCCCGCUCUCAUGGACGAACUGAGCCGAAGGGGCGUGUCCGAGCGCCACCGGAAGAUGGUGUCGUGUGUGGUGGAGUAUGGCGGGAAGAGGGUGCGAGGAAGUGACCUCAUCACGCCAACGGAUGCUGUGGCCAUCACCAAGCAGUUCUUCAAAGGCCUCAAGGGUGUGGAGAACGUGUACACACAACAUCAGCCUCUUCUUCACGAAACUUUGGAUCAGCUGGUCAAAGGCCGUCUGAAGGACAGUCAGUUUCCUUAUCUUGGAGCCAGCAGCCUCAGAGACAGGCCCCAGGACAUCAUCGUGUUCGUGAUUGGAGGCGCCACGUAUGAAGAAGCUCUGACUGUUUACAACAUGAAUCGCAGCACACCAGGUGUACGGAUGGUGCUAGGAGGAAGUAGCGUGCUCAACACCAAGAGCUUCCUGGAGGAAGUGAUGUCAGCAAUGAGUGGCAGCAGCGACAGAGCACAAGGCAUCAGCCGUCAAGGCAACCGACGCUGAGCCCCACCUAACACAAAAACGACAUUCCUUGUUGUUGUUGUUGUGACAGUGUAACUAAUCUUGUAUUUAUCAUUCAAUGUGACUAAACGACAUAACAUUUCACGUUGUUUCACUUUUUUAGUGCAAUGGAAAUACCAUUUUGUUUUUUUCUAGUGUCAUCAAUACACAGUCUUAAAGUAGCGGAAUCAGUUAUAUUUAAGUAUUAUAAGUGUUGUGAUUAUAUAAGUAUUAAGUAUUAUAACAUAACUACAGAAAGUAAAUGUCUUGAUGUUUAGAACACAAACAAA